CUGCGCCGCCCCGCGCACCUCGCACCGGCACCGGCACCGGCACCGGCACCGGCUCCGGCACCGGCUCCGGCUCCGGCUCCGCUCGCCCCCCGCGCCGCGGCCGCCGCCGCCCCCUCGCAGCCGCCCCGCCCGCCGGGACCCGCCGCCCCGGCAUGAAGGUGCUCCGGCACAAGAUCGAGCUCCUGACAGGGCUGCUGCUGCAGGAGAUGACCAUGGCAGGGCUGCACGAGCUGCGCUUCACCGAGGAGAAGCCGCUGCUGCGGGGACAGGACGCCGAGCUGGAGAACUCAGAUGUCUUCCUCUCCAUUGUGGACACAGACUGGAAGGAACACGACAUUGAGACCCCCUACGGGCUGCUGCACGUGGUCAUCCGGGGCUCUCCCAAGGGGAACCGCCCGGCCAUCCUGACCUACCACGAUGUGGGCCUCAACCACAAGCUUUGUUUCAACACCUUCUUCAACUACGAGGACAUGCAGGAGAUCACGAAGCACUUUGUGGUGUGCCACGUGGACGCACCAGGACAGCAGGCAGGAGCCUCACAGUUCCCUCAGGGGUACCAGUAUCCAUCCAUGGACCAGCUGGCUGCCAUGUUACCCAGCGUGGUGCAGCAUUUCGGGUUCAAGUAUGUGAUCGGGAUCGGUGUUGGGGCAGGAGCCUACGUGCUGGCCAAGUUUGCGCUCAUCUUCCCUGACCUGGUCGAAGGGCUGGUCCUUAUGAACAUCGACCCCAACGGCAAAGGCUGGAUUGACUGGGCAGCUGCCAAGCUCUCCGGCCUCACCAGCACGCUGCCCGACAUUGUCCUGUCCCACCUGUUCAGCCAGGAGGAGCUGAUGAACAACACGGAGCUGGUGCAGAGUUACCGGCAGCAGAUUGGCAGUGUGGUGAACCAGUUCAACCUCCAGCUCUUCCUCAACAUGUACAACGGCCGCAGGGACCUGGACAUCAACCGGCCUGGGACUGUGCCCAAUGCCAAGACGCUGCGCUGCCCCGUGAUGCUGGUGGUCGGAGACAACGCUCCUGCUGAGGAGGGGGUGGUGGAGUGUAACUCCAAGCUGGAUCCCACCAACACCACAUUCCUGAAGAUGGCUGACUCUGGUGGGCUGCCCCAGGUCACACAGCCAGGCAAGCUGACUGAAGCCUUCAAGUACUUCCUGCAAGGCAUGGGCUACAUCACCCACCUGAAGGAUCGGAGGCUGAGUGGAGGCACAGUGCCAUCUGCCAGCAUGACCCGACUGGCACGCUCCCGCACGGCCUCCCUCACCAGUGCCAGCUCCGUGGAUGGCACCCGCCCGCGUGCCUGCACCCACUCGGAGAGCACCGAGGCCAUGGGGCAGAUCAACCACACCAUGGAGGUAUCGUGCUGAGGUCCACGCCCGCCGCCGACGUCUCCUUCAGAGCCAUCUCCCAUCCGUCAGCAUCCCGCCAGCACCCACCCGCCCCGUGGACAUCCUCCACCAGGGCCCUCGCUUCUUCGGGGCCAAUUUGUCUUCUUUGCCGUUGGCCUCAUCCCCUUGUCUGGUACAGGAGAAGGAGAGGGGCUUCGUCCAGCAGUCACACAUGGUUCUGCAUCGGUCCUCACCCUCCCCAGCAUCGGCUUGGCCCCGGCUUGGGAGGGUGGGUGGCAGGGGGACAGGGUCAGGCUGGGGUAGCAGGGUCAGGGUGGUGAGAUGGGGACAGGAUGUUGGGAUGGGACGGGAUGAUGGGAUGGGACAGCACGUGGAGAGGACACAGGAGGUAGGUUGGUCUCCCAAGUGCAACUGCUGGCUGACCAAAAGGAAGACAGGAACAGGGAGCAGCGCUUACUGGGAGGUCACUGGUGUGUUCCUAGGGAUGCAGUUUUCAUUUCUCCCUGAUGGCCCUCUCUAAGGAGAACUAGCACGGGAUCCCCCAGCACACCCAGGACUUGCUACCCCAGAGCUGGUUGAGCCUCAUGAGAAAUCACAUCCCAAACUGUCCCUUUGCCCUCGUCAUGUACCCUGAGGGCUGCCCUGGGGCAAGUGAAGAGAGGUCAGCCCUACUCCAGAAGCUAUAAGGGCAGAAAGGUGGCAUGAGUGUCCCCCUGCCACCGGUGGUGGCACUUCCUUCGUCCCUUGUUGCAAGAAGGACAAUUACCACCUGCCACCAGAAAUGCACUGGGGAGGGAGAAAUUGGCUGGCUUGGCCCCUGCCACACUGUCAGUUCCACUCCCAGCUCUUGGGCUGAGCCUGCCAGGGUCCAGAGGCCACUGUUUUAGGGGAUGUCACACAGCAAAUCCCACCUCAAGUUUUGCCACAACCUGUGGGUGUCAUCACCGAGGAGCCAUUAGCAAUAAGAUGAGACACUCCCCCUGCCAUGCUGGGGAGCCCUCAGCACCCUCUGCCCUGCAGGGUGCCUCACCACAAGGUGCUGACACUGUGGGGUGACCCAUGGGAUGUGGGGAGCACUCCAUGGUCUGGCUUUGCCCACACGGCUGCCCAGACCCACGUGGCUCCCCAAAUCCACACCCCACCUCCAGCAUUUUGCCUGCGCACUGAGCGGGGCGUCUCUCAAGGGCUUGGCUCCCCCCGGGCCAUGGGGCCCCCCUGCCACCAACUCCAGGUGGCUCUUGCCUCUCGCACUCGGCAUGGAGACCCCUGUCAUUGCAUAACCCCAGUGAUGGCCACCCAGCCUCUGCUGCCCGAGCAGCCGUGCCCAGCCCCUCCUGGGUGCGCUCUGAGGCACAGGUAGGGAUGGCCCUGCCUCUGGUGAUGGGUGCUCAGGUCUCUGUAGGUGGUCCGUGGGGGACCUGAGCAGGGAAUCCACCAGGUGCCACCGCCUGGGCGAGCAGAACCAGCCCGCUGGAAGCAGGUCCCAGCCAGCCCCACAAAAGCAUUCUGCCCUCAGACCCCAUCCCUGCUCCCCAGUGAAGGGCACAGAGCUCCUGGGGCUCCCAGCGGGUGUAUGAGGGCUUUUGGCCCUGAGACCCGUGCCCCACCCAAACCCUCCCCUAGUAAAAGGCCACCCCAAAACACCAGUGUGCCCCUUUGUCCCCCACUUUGUUCUGCUGUGUGCUUCCUUCUUGGUGUGACUCUGAAAGCUACGUAGCUCCUUUUUACGGUAGAUACCGCUGCGAUCUCUUGUUUUCUCAGCGUGUCCUUCCAGAUGAUAUAUAUAUAUAAAUACCUAUACAUAAUAUAUAUAUAAGGGUUUGCCCAAUCCCUGACCUUUUUGGGUUCACUCCUCCUUGCAUUCUUGUCCAAGCAGUGCCGUGUGGUUUCCCUGGAGGUGGUGUGGCCGUGCUCGCCUUCAGUUCCUCACCUUGGUUUUGUUGGUUGGUUGGUUUGGUUUUCCCUGGUGGUUUGUUCUUUUGAUUUUUGUUGGUUUUCCUUUUUUUUUCCCAGUCACAGCAGAAUUGAACACAUUUUCCUGUCUGAGUGCUGCCUGGUUUUGUCACAGCGGCACAGAGGCCGCAGCACUCACGAGGCAGCAAUAUGUAAACCGGAUUUAACUAACCUGUUGCUGUAGAGAGGAGUUACUGUGUUGGAAAUAAACCAACUAACUAAUAAAGAUGUUAAGAACAUGC